ACUCGGCCAAAACAGGGAAAAGGACGCUCUCGGGAAAUGGCGUCGCGCUACGAGCUGGAGGUGACCGUGUCGUCGGCCAGGGACCUGAAGAACGUGAACUGGCGACGCGGCCAGACCCGCGCUUACGCCGUCCUCUGGGUCGACCCCAGCAACAAGUGCUCCACCCGGGUCGACGAGGAGGGCGACACGUGCCCCGUCUGGGACCAGACCCUCGCCAUCCCCUUGCCCCCCGGCCCCAUCGAGGACCAGACCCUCUACAUCGACGUCGUCCACGCCGGCUCCGAGGAGGACACCAAGCCCCUCAUCGGAUCCGCCCGGAUCAAGCUCCGCGACGUCCUCGACGAGGCCGGCUUCGGCGAGCCCCUCAAGCGCACCCCCCAGCUGAAGCGCCCCUCCGGCCGCCCCCACGGCAAGGUCGACGUCAAGGUCUGCGUCAGGGAGCCGCGCUACCGCGCGCCCGACCCGUACCGCGAGACUACCUACGGGGUCCCGCCGGCGACCAGGGAGUACGCGCCGCCGGUGACCAGGGAGUACGCGCCGCCGCCGCCGGCGUACGCCAACCCCUACGCGGCCCCGCAGCACAGCCCGUACUACGCGGCGGCGCCUCCGGCCGGCGGCUACUCCUACGGCUCGUACAACGCGCCGCCGCCGCAGCCGCAGUACGGGCAGCCGAGCUACGGGCAGGCGCCGCAGUACGGGUACGGCGGGGAGCAGGCGCCGGCGUACGGGGGGCAGUACGGGCAGGAGGAGAAGAAGAAGAGCAAGUUCGGGGGGAUGGGGAUGGGGACGGGAUUGGCUGUGGGCGCGGUGGCGGGGGCCCUCGGUGGGAUCGCCCUCGCGGAGGGGUUCGAUCACCUGGAGGACAAGAUCGCCGACGACGCGGCGGAGAAGGUGGAGGAGGAUCUCCGCGACGACGACGCGGCGGAGAAGGUGGAGGAGGAUCCCGGCGACGACGACGGCGGCGGCUAUGAGGAGGAUGAUUUCUGAGGGGGGGCCGGCUCUUGUCCUUUUGCUCUGUUUUUACUUUCAUCAAGUUUUAUCGUUUUCUGUGGGAGUUUUGUUUGCGGAUGAUGUUGGCGUGCCUUCGGGUGCAGGCCCGUUGAUGUAUUUUCUCGUCAAUCAUAUAUUGUAAUCUUCACGCAUAAGCAUACUCUAUAAUUUUAAUUUUUUUUUAA